UGAAAGUACCUUUCACAUACAAACCAAUGUGGUGGUUUAGUUUACUUUGCUAGCAAAAACAUUUUUUGUAAAGGAACGGACAGCGCCAAUGGAAGAUGAUUUCUAAGUCCAUAGAACUAUGAAACAAUACGCCAGAAACAUCCACCAACGAAUCACCAAUGCCAAAUCAAACCUCACACACACCACAAACUUUGCUCUAAACCAAACCAACCCUGCAAAAGCUACCAACUUUGUCACACACUGCAACAUCAAGAUUUCAGAAAAUGGUCGAAACGGCAACGUUAAAGCAGCAGAAACAAUAUUCUACAGAAUGUCUCGUAAAAACACUGUCACUUGGACAGCCAUGCUUACUGUUUAUGCCAAAAAUGGUCAAAUUGCAAACGCCCGCAAACUGUUCGACGAAAUGCCUGAACGAACAACAGCUUCUUAUAACGCUAUGGUCUCUGCUUACAUUCAUAAUGGGUGUAAUGUCGCCAAAGCUUAUGAGCUUUUCGCCACGAUUCGCGACCGAAAUGCGGUGUCAUAUGCUGCUAUGAUAACGGGUUUUGUUAAGGCAAGGAAGUUUGAUUUGGCUGAAAAACUCUACCUUGAAGCUCCACGUGAGUUUCGUGACCCGGUUUGUUCCAAUGCUUUGAUAAAUGGGUAUUUGAAAAUGGGUGAAAUUAAUGAAGCUUUGAGGGUUUUUGAGAAUGUGAGGGAGAGUGAGAGGGAUGUGGUUUCUUGGAGUGCUGUCGUUGGUGGUUUGUGUAGAGAUGGGAAGGUUGGUUAUGCUAGGAUUUUGUUUGAUAGAAUGCCGGAGAGAAAUGUGGUUUCUUGGAGUGCAAUGAUUGAUGGGUAUAUGGAGAAAGGUUUGUUUGAAAAUGGGUUUUGUUUGUUUUUGGAUAUGAGAAGGGAAGGUGUUGUGGAGGUUAAUUCAACUACCAUGACUAUAAUGAUUAAAGGGUGUGGAAAUUGUGGCGGGGUGAAAGAGGGAAUGCAGAUUCAUGGACUUGUUUCAAGGUUGGGAUUUGAGUUUGAUGGUGUUUUGAGUAAUUCUAUUAUUACUAUGUAUUCCUUGUUUGGUUGCACCGACAUGUCAAAGAAGAUGUUUUGUGCUAUCGCUAAUAAAGAGUUAGUUGCAUGGAAUUCCUUGAUAUCUGGAUAUGUUCAUAACAAUGAAGUGGAUGCAGCCUAUGGGGUUUUUGAGAGGAUGCCAGAGAAGGAUUUGAUUUCUUGGACUGCCAUGAUCAGGGGGUUUGCAAUGGAUGGAAGAAUUGAAAAGGCCAUUGAACUGUUUAAUAUGUUGAAAGAGAAAGAUGAUUUUGUAUGGACAGUUAUUAUAUCUGGUUUUGUGAGUAAUGAGGAGUACGAGGAGGCUUUGCGUUGGUAUGUCCGGAUGAAUCGGGAAGGGUGCAGGCCAAAUCCUGUAACUAUUAGCAGUGUUUUUGCUUCUUCGGCUGCUUUGGUGGCACUGAAUGAAGGGCUUCAGAUUCAUUCCCAUGUUCUGAAGAUGAACUUGGAACAUGAUCUUUCGAUACAAAAUUCUCUUAUAUCAUUCUAUGCCAAGUGUGGAAACGUAACCGAUGCCUACAAGAUCUUCAUAGACGUCGAUGAACCAAAUGUUGUCUCUUAUAACUCACUCAUCAACGGCUUUGCACAAAAUGGCUUUGGCGAAGAAGCUCUCAAUAUGUAUAAAAGAAUGCAGAGUGAAGGCCUUGAACCCAACCGUGUUACUUUCCUUGCGGUUCUUUCAGCUUGUACUCAUGCAGGACUGAUUGAAGAAGGACGAAAUUUAUUUAACACCAUGAAAUCUCGUUACCGAAUUGAGCCAGAAGCUGAUCAUUACGCUUGCAUGGUUGAUCUACUUGGCCGUGCUGGCUUGCUUGAUGAAGCUUUUAAUUUAAUCCGUUCAAUGCCAUUAAAGCCUCAUUCCGGUGUGUGGGGGGCUCUUCUUGCUGCAAGCAAGGCUCACCUACGUCUUGACCUUGCUAAGCUUGCGGCUCAACAUAUUACCGAGCUGGAGCCUGCAAAUGCGACGCCUUACGUGGUAUUAUCUAACAUGUAUUCUGCUUCUGGACAAAAGAUUGAGGGUGAGUUAGUAAGAAAGAGCAAGGAUUUAAAAGGAAUAAAAAAAAGUCCAGGUUGUAGUUGGAUUAGUAUUAAAGAUAAGGUUCAUCUGUUUCUUGCAGGGGAUCAAUCACACAUGAAUAUUGAAGAGAUAAAAGCAAUAAUAUUGACUAUAGAUAAAGGGAUGCAGUGGUUGUAUUAUUGUGGGUUCUGACUUGAAGCUUAACUACAGUAGUUAUUAGUACUAACCAUAGAAGUGCUAUUAGUGUAUACUAGUGUAUAUAUCAAGCAUUAAACAUAUCUUGGAUCAGCUUAUUUAAGAAAAUAGUUGUCUUGCAGGAACAACUACCUAGAAGUAUCUUGCAAGUACAAAAGAAAUAUGUGUUCACCAUGUAAAAGAAAGAGUUUUCGUGUUAAAUUUCAAAAGUUCUAAUGCGACGUACUGAUUAGAAAUUAGUUGGUAUACAUAGAAAACGACCAACUCAAAAUAUGCAAUAAUUCAAAUUUAUUGUGAAGCCUAUUUCUGAAUUGUCUCUUACAUUGUUCAAUUUAGACAAAGCCCUUCAUUGACUAUAGAACAUGUGUAUCUCCACUGUAGAGCAAUACACUAGAGCACGCCACUGUUCUCGUCUCCAUCAUUGAGAUACAUCCAACAAUUCUCUGUUAUCCCAUUUGGAUCACUCGGGGCGAUUCUAACCGUCAUUGAUAAGCUGAAGUUCUAUUGUUUCUAAACAUUUGAAUUUAUCAUUUAUCGUUUACUUUUCAUGUGUUUACACUCAUGUUUUCGUGUUUUCUUUGCUUUUUAUAAGUUUUGAAUGUGAUCGAGUGAAUAGGAGUUGAACCGAAUAAAACAGCGCGAAGACAGCGUAAGGAAGCAGAGCAAAUAGCAAAGACCAGGGACCGUUACGGCCGUAAUGGCCCCUGGUGCACCCUUUCUAAAAUUGACUUUCACAGCACAAGGCUGAAGGUAUUACGACCUGACAGUAAUGGCCACUACGAUCAUAAUGGCCCCAACGUAG